GGUGCCCCUGUCGAACCCUAACCCCCAAAAUCCAAAUCCCCAACCUCGAUCGAUCGAUCGGCCGAACCCUAACCCCCACCGCCCAAAUCCCCAAUUCCGCACGGCGACGAUGGCCGCCGGCAACCCCCGCCUCCCCAACUUCAUCCUCCUCGACGCGACCACCCGCAUCAGCGAUCCCCGCAACGGAACCGCCACCGCGUGGGCCUUGACGACGGCGGGCCUCACCAUACAGGUCUCCUUGGUGGUGGCCGCGCCGCCGCGCCUCUCCCACUUCUGCGUCUGCUGCCCCGGCCGCGACGCGACCACCUUCGCGCACGCGCCCGAGGUCGUCUGCUCCGCGGGGGACCACGCCCUUAUCCGGGCCGACUUCACCACCGGCGACUCGGAGUCGCCGCAGCACUUCAUCUACCGAGCCAGGGGCCCCGACGGCCGGCCGUCGCUUGACCUGAUCCCGGACUUCACUGGUUAUUCCCGGGCAGAGCUUCUGCAUCUGCCCCUCGGUUUCGUCUCCAGCCGCAACCACUUGGUCAUAGCGGCUCUGAGCUACGGGACGAAGGACUCGCAGUACUAUCUCCACACCCUCAGCUCCGAGCCGCGAUCCAAGUGGACCAAGAAGCUGCUGCAGGUGGAGCUCCCCCAUGGAUUAUCCAGGAAACAGCUUGUGGUCGAUCACGCCAAGGUGAUCGCCCUCGGAGGCGGGCUGCUGGGAUGGGUCGAUCUCUGGGAGGGCAUCCUGAUCUGUGACGUGCUCGAACCCGGGGCAGCCGUGUCACGCUUGGUCCCGAUGCCCAAGCUGCUGCCCAGCAACAAACCACUCUACGGCCAAUCUUUGCCUCGGGCGAUUCGCGACGUCACCUUCAGCCGUGGCUACAUGAGAUGCGUCGAACUUGAGGAGCUGGUAGAACUUAGAGUCAGAACUGUGCCGCCUCUUCCUGACCCCUGGGACAUGGAUGAGCUCCAAGACUCGGAAUUGGCCAUCGAUCCUCCGCAGGAGGAUGGGGAAGAAUAUGUCACUGUUGGUUGGAGGCUCAUCACAUGGUACAGGGCAUUGACUUGGAACUGUUGGCGCAAGGGGAACAGGGUUCAUUCCGAUGAGCUCGGUACUGUCUCCCCUCAGCUAGGAGGUAGUGCCUGUGGUUUAAAACUGCCACUCAAGGACCUGAGAGUAGCUGCUCCUAUUCUGCGUGGCGACGGUGAUGCUGUUUACCUCGCGUCCGCGCUGCAUAAGCGGGACCCAACUGCAUGGAUUGUCUCUGUUGACACUAGGAGGAAGUCGGUGGAAGAGCUUAUGCCAUGCUCUGCAAAGGGGCUGUAUCUUUACGAUCCGACCUACAUUCCAUAUGUGCUGACCGAAUAUCUGAAUGAUAAAUCAGAUGGAGCUCAGGUACAGACGCAAAAUGCUUGCCAUCACACCCCACGAAACUUUGAUGGGUCCGAGAAGAAGCGGCAGCGACUUUCACAGACAGAAUCUGAAGUCUGAAAUGUUGAUGAUACAGCUCAUGGACUUCGAGGAUUAGUGAAAGCUUCAGAUUUGUUGUUUGAGUAACUAUCAAACUAGAAGAUACAGUUUAGUAAUCUUCCAUUCACGAGUAAGUUUGGUAGCGUGAGUUACUCUAUUCUGAGCCUGACAUUUCUAGAAUCGCUAUAAUCAUUAAUUAGUCAUGAAGUUUCGUCAUUUGUUGGCUUUUAGAUUGAUUGAAGGGAAACUGUUAAUUUCAUUGUCAAAUUCUUAGGCAGGGAACAGACACGUUGAUUAUUAAUACUUUAGUUCGUUCAUUGGCUUUCCUUUAUAUUUCUUUGUUACGUUUGAGCAUAGUGUAAUGGUUAAGCUUUCUUUGGGAUGCCUUUCGGUCUUUGAACUCUGAUAUUAAUCCGUCUAAUCCGUGCAUGCUGCACUUACGUUUUUUAGCUUAAUUACCUCUUUUUUUCUGACAAUAAACAUGUAAUUUUAUAUUUAUCUAAUGUGGGCUAAGAGUUCUCCUGCACAACUUAUCCUUUUCAUAGAAUGAUCUACAGGUAACAUAACGAUGGGGUUGCAUGACCUGGUAAGUUGAGUCAGCUGGGUGGUUUUGUACUGUGCAGUGCUGGCAUCGUAGGAGGAUGCUACUAACAAUGGGGAUUAAUUCUGACAUCAAUUCUGUGUCAACAUUUUAUUUUCAAGUUGAGGAGGAAGAAUAUGCUCGUUCUUUUCCUUGUAGCCCAGCAAAACGCAAUCAUGCCACUGCUGCCUUUGGUGACGCUGAUUCUUCUACAGUCUUGGUUGAGUAGUUUGUUUUUGCGACAUGGACCUGCUUUUGUACUAUCUUGUAAACUGGGAUCAGCAUUACUCAUGUAAAUUUUGUUGUGUGCAAAAUAAUAGUGGUGUUGCUA